CGGGCUCAUGCUUUAUCUCUAUUUUAAUGAUGGUUCAUAAUUAUUUCAAAAUCUACCUUCGUGAUGAUAUAAUAAAUUAACAAUAAUGUCCAACUGCACCAAUUUUUUUCAAGCGAUUGCAGCAGGAAAAAUGUGAUUCUUUAUAUCCCAGAAAAUCAUUACACAUUUACAAAAACAACACUUGCUAGCCGGAUAUCCAUGGAUCAAUCGGACUCCAUUAACAACAACAUGAAGGUAGAGUCCUCUAGUUUGGUUUCCAAUGGCUGCUUCGACUACAAAGGACGGAUAGCGGAUAAACGGAAAACCGGCGGGUGGAAGGCCGCCCCUUUCAUUAUCGUGAAUGAGGUGGCGGAGAGGUUUGCGUUUUUCUCGAUUGCGGUGAACAUGGUGGCUUACUUGGUCGGAGAGAUGCACCAGCCUCUGCCGGAGGCGGCCGCGCACGUCGGAAAUUGGGUGGGCGCCGCCUACAUACUCACCUUGUUUGGGGCUUUCAUGGCCGACGCCUAUUUGGGCCGCUUUCAGACAAUUAUCACCUUCUCCUGCAUUUAUGCUGCGGGAAUGGUGCUCCUAACCCUUUCAGGCUCCAUUCCCAGCCUCCGGCCCCCACAGUGCACCCUUCGACCGUGCCCUCCGGCAACCUCCGGCCAAACGGCCUUUCUCUACCUCUCUCUCGCCCUCAUCGCCGUUGGCACCGGCGGCAUCAAGCCGUGCGUCUCCUCCUUCGGAGCCGACCAGUUUGACGAGGCAGACCAGACUGAGGCCAGCCACAAAUACUCAUUCUUCAAUUGGUUCUUCUUCGCCAUCAACACUGGGGCCCUACUAGGGAUCACCCUAUUAGUGUACGCCCAAGUGCGGCUAGGUUGGGCCUGGGGCCUCGGGAUACCUGCCGCCGCAACAGUUGCCUCGAUACUCGUGCUGGCGGCCGGCUGGCGGAGGUACCGUUACCAGAGGCCAGCCGGGAGCGCCUUUACGAGGUUUGCGCAGGUGAUUGUGGCGGCGGUAAGGAAUCGUGGUAAGGAAGUUGGUGGUGGGCUUUAUGAGGUGGAGGAGAGUAAGGAGUGUGAGAUUCAUGGGGCUACCAAGCUUGCUCACACUCACCAGUACAGAUUUCUGGACAAAGCAGCUGUAGUAACCGACCCGGCCCUCGCGGCCGCCGGCACGAGGAACCGGUGGCGGCUGUGCACGGUGACCCAGGUGGAGGAGCUCAAGUGCAUCGUCCGUAUCAUCCCCGUUUGGGCCUCCACCAUUGCCCUCGCCAUCUCCUACUCCCAGAUCUCCACCUUCUUCGUGGCCCAGGCGGCCACCAUGGACCGCUCCCUCUCCCCGGCCUUCUCCAUCCCCGCCGGCUCCACACCAGUCUUCAGCGCCGUCAACGCCCUCCUCGUCGUCCCCCUCUACGAGCGCCUCGCUGUCCCAUUUCUCCGCUCCCGCACCGGCCACCCCCGCGGCAUCACCUCCCUCCAGCGCAUCGGCGCUGGCGUCCUCGUCUCCGUCCCCGCCAUGGUCUCCGCCGCCGUCGUCGAGAGGAACCGGAGGUCCGCGGCGGGCGGGCCCCGGCCGAGCGUGUUCUGGCUCUUCCCGCAAUGCUUCCUGAUGGGGAUGGCGGAGGUGCUGGCGUACGUCGGCCAGCUGGAGUUCUUCUACGACGAGGCCACCGACGGGACCAGGAGCAUCAGCAGCGCCUUGUUCCUCAGCGAGUUCGGGAUAGGGAGCUGGCUGAGCUCCGCCCUGGUCGAGAUCGUCGGGAGGGCCACCGGCGGGGCGGCGGAGGGGUGGCUGAGGGACGACUUGAACCAGAGCAGGCUAGAUUAUUUCUACUGGCUGCUGGCGGGGAUCAAUGUGGUGAACUUCGCCGUGUAUUUGUGGGUUGCGCGGCGGUACAAGGGGAGGAGGGUGGCUGAGCCGGCGGUGGCGGUGGAGGCGACGGAAGAAUUGGGCGGUGGAAUUGGGCUUCAGAAUGGGAAGGGAGAAGAAAGUAUAUGAACUAUUUUAACCUAGAGUGAAUUGAUUGGGCCUUAGUCAGCUGCAAUGCGCAGUCAUUUAAUUGGGCCUUCUGUUCUUAUUUUGGGCUUCAAGUGUCAUCGUCCUAGUAAUAAAGCUGUAUCCUCUAUUCUGUCUGCUAACUCAUGGUAAACUGCUAAGUAUAAUAAACGUUCGGUUUUUUUUUUUAGCGAAUCAGAAAUUCUUUUUACUCGAGAC